GACAACUGCACAAUAGUCACAAUUUUGUCACAAACAAUAAUAAACAAUAAGUAACACGACGUAAUUUUAAAAUGAGCGUGCACGCUGAAAAUAUUCCCGUCUUUGUUUUUCCAAACACUUUGAAAUUUUACUUGUUAAGCAGAGAGACACACAAGCAGCUUUUAACUUUAUACAAUCCCUCUGAUACAGCUUUGAGAUUUAGAGUAUUAUGUACAGCACCAAACAAAUACCAAGUCAUGGAUUCCGAAGGGACUGUAGGUCCUUCCUCAUCUGUAGAUAUUAUUGUCAAGUAUAUUAUGCCAUCACAGAGUGCUUGCAACCAAGUUGACAAAUUUCGGAUAAGUCUUCUAAGUUAUGGAACAAAACAAACUCUAGGUAAAAAAAUAAUUGAAUCAACAUUGAUUUAUGGAGAAAAAGAUAGAGAUGUGAAUGAAAAAGAAGUUCCUGGUCAUCAACAAGGAGAUAGACCAAAUUAUUAUGAUGACCAGAGGAGUUUGUAUUCUGGAACCUCCUAUGGAUCCAGAAAUGAGGCUCCAACAAAUAAAGCUGUUAUUGUCUUUUGCACAAUUGUAUGCCUAAUGGCAAUAUGUAUUUUAUUUUUGCCAACAUAUUAUCCAGAAGUAAAAGAGCCAUCAAGCUUGCCACUUCCAUUUCAUAUAAGUGUGGGUGUAAAAAUUGUAAUAUCUUUUGUUUUAGGCCUUGGAUUAGGAGUUUUUGUAAAGUGGAAAGCAAGUUAAUUAUAAUUUGGCAACAGCAGGCAGUUUUAAAUAAAUUAUGAGCUAGUCAAAUAUGGUAAUAAUUUACACAUAUUUUUCUUAAAAUAUAUUGCUCAUAUCACACCAGAUAUCAGUGUAUCCACAUCAUCGUAAUCAACAUCAUUUAUUCAUCAAACUUUAUUAUUUAUAUAUAUGGGUAUUCUAUAAUGCCAGUAUUCAUUUAUUAAUCCAUCUUUUUAUUUCAUAAUUUAAUUGUUUUGAUCAUUUUUUUAUAUUUGUAGAAUUUUUUUGUAGGUAUAAUUUAAUUAUAUGUUCAACUGAACAAUUGACAUGUAAUAUUGACUUGAUCUGUAAUAUUAAGAAUGUGACAUUUAAUAAAUUAUAUUUUUAUAUGGUUAGGAAUAAUUAAAUUAAGAAAUGAUUUGAAUCUAAAAAUUAUUUUAAAUGACUAGAUAUAAGUUUUUUUAAUCAUUUAAAACUGCAUUCACUGCCACACUACAUGGUAUCUAAUAUAUUUUUUAUGAAUUUGUAUUUUACUUUCAUUUUAAUAUUCAUAAACACCCUUUAUCAAAAGACAAAUUAUUUGAUUUAAUAAAAAAACUUAAGUCAUUCUCAUUUAUGGGAUUAUAGUCAGUGAGAUUAUUUUUAAGAGGGAUAGGUUUAAGUAAAAAAUAAUUGUAAUAAUUUGACUAAAAAUAAUGACUGCUUCUGCUGUUCAAAAAUUGUGAUUAUUUAGGUGCAAAUUGUAAAUAUUUAUUUAUUUUAUACACGUGGUGUUUUCAUAUCUUUUGUAAUAAAUAUUUUGUUAUGUUA